CAGAUGAUAUGCGAAGUUCGCGCUUUGAUUGCAACGGUAAACAAAAAAUCCAAAUCAACGCUGAUAUGCCGUUAUACUUAAUUGAUUGUGAGCGUAAGUACUAUGGACAUGGUUGGAAAUUGAUUGCUAGUUUGGAUGCAAGGCAUCGAAAGCGUUUGAACGAAAAAAAUCAAUAUGAACAAAUUAAUGGAUAUGAGAACUGGGAGCGCAGCGACAGCGCGAGUGACUACUUUAUCGGCUUCGAACAUUUGCAUGCCAUAACAGCAAGUAAGGGAGCGCAUGAAUUGCUGAUAUUAACACACGAUCAGCAGUAUGGUGAGCGGAUGGUGCGGGAGUCUGUUAAACACUUCAUGCAUUACCGCUCAUUUGCUCUAGCUGACGCAAGUAAUGACUAUAAACUGCUAUCGCUAGACGGCUAUGAAGGUGAUAUUAUUGACCCAUUGAAGGCAAUGCUGGGAAAGCCAUUUUCAGUCGCCCAGUUAGACGUGGCAGACACGGACCGGGUUACAAUGUUUGUGAGAAGUGAGGAAAUGACUUAAUUAUAUACAAAUGUUGUAUGUAUGUACACAUAUAUGUGAAUUAGCAGUGUUGUUGGAACUUAUGUAUGCAUGGACAUGCACGAGCUUACUUA